CCUCCCCUUUAUUUGCCGCUCAUCAUUGCUGCAUCCCAGCAGCUUCCCCUCUCUCUCUCUCUCUCUCUCGCGCGCGCGCGCUGUGUGGAAGUCAUGGAUCAGUUUUUCAAGUACCUUUGCCUCUUUUUAAUUCCAGUCCUCCUCCUCCUAAAACUAAUCAGAAGAAGAUCGUCGCAGAAGCUGCCGCCGGGAUCUCUCGGACUACCACUCAUAGGCCAAAGCUUCGGCCUUCUCGGGGCGAUGAGAUCCAACGCGGCCGAGAAAUGGCUGGAAGAGAGGGUGCGAAAGUACGGGCCGAUCUCGAAGCUGAGCCUGUUCGGGAAGCCGACGGUGUUCAUCCACGGACCGGCGGCGAACAAGUUCGUCUUCAACAGCGACGGCGACAGCAUCGGCAACCAGCAAGUGACGUCGAUCAGAAAGAUCCUCGGAGAGAGGAACAUUCUGGAACUCAGCGGCGAAGAUCACAAGAGAGUGAGAGGCGCUCUCGUUUCCUUCUUGAAGCCGGAAUCGCUGAAGGAGUACGUCGGCAAGAUGGAGGCCGAGGUCCGGCGCCACCUUCGGCUGCACUGGGAAGGCCGCCAAACGGUUACGGUGUUGCCCUUGGCAAAGACACUCACAUUCAACAUCAUAUGCUCCCUUCUAUUCGGUGUGGAAUUUGGAAGCCGAAGGGAUGAACUCGUGGACUGCUUCCAACAGAUGAUGGAAGGAAUGUGGUCCGUCCCCCUCAACCUCCCCUUCUCUCGCUUCAGCCGCAGCCUGCGCGCCAGCGCUCGGGCCCGAGCCAUCGCCAAAGACCUCAUCAGGGAGAAGAGGCUCCAGCUUGAGCAGCAGACCGCUUCUCCCCGUCAAGACCUCAUCACAUGCCUGCUCAGCAUCCGCGACGAUGACAACCGCCAAGUUGUCUCUGACGACGAGAUUGUUGACAACAUCCUGCUAGUCAUGGUCGCCGGCCACGACACUUCCUCCAUCCUCAUAACCUUCAUGCUUCGUCUCUUCUGCAUCAACCCGGCGAUUCAUGCAGCUGUUGUUCAAGAGCAAGAGGAUAUUGUGAAAAGCAAGAAGUCUUCAGGAGAGUCAGUACUUAGAUGGGAAGACCUUGCCAAGAUGAAGUACACAUGGAAGGUGGCAUUGGAGACCCUGAGGAUGUUUCCUCCCAUAUUUGGAGGGUUCAGGAACACUCUGAAAGAUAUCGAGUUUGGCGGCUACCUCAUUCCUAAAGGAUGGCAAAUAUUCUGGGCUUCAAGCAUGACUCACAUGGAUGCCAACAUAUUCAAAGAACCAUCUAAGUUUGAUCCAACAAGGUUUGAAAACCAAUCGAGUAUUCCACCUUACUGUUUUGUUGCGUUUGGAGGAGGGCCUCGGAUUUGCCCAGGAUACGAGUUUGCGAGGCUCGAAACCUUGGUCGCGAUCCAUCACAUUGUCACCCGAUUCACGUGGAAGUUAUGCUGCAGCGACGACAGUUUCAUUAGGGAUCCAUUGCCAGUACCUGCUCAAGGGCUUCCCAUCCAGAUCCUGCCAAAGACAUUGCCCUAACAGGCUAACAUUAUUCAGCAACAAAUUAUGCAAAAGCCAAUAAGAUAUACUCAAACCAGUUAAAAGUAGAAGAUACUGACCACUGUGUUCCAUGUUGUGUUAUGAGAUGAAAUGUCAUCCUUUGGCGUGAACUAGUAAUGCCACAAAACUCAUCAGAGGCUAAUCUUUUUCAUAAAACAGGCAAUUAAAAUGAAUCAGGAUUCAAAACUUAAGAAACCUGUUCAAACUCAA